AUGCCACCACAACUAGAAAAACUUCACGAAACAACAGAUAAAAUUGAGGAAAAAACCUUAGAAGGCUACUGUAAGAAGGUGCAAGAAUUCUGUCCGCAAAAACCAGGUGACAAAGGCGAUCGAGGGCUUCCAGGGUUGCCAGGUUAUCCGGGCCCACCAGGACCCAAGGGCGAGAACGGGCCAAUCGGCCCUCCAGGAAAAACGGGAUUACCAGGAUUUCCGGGAUCGAAGGGAGAUAUAGGAUUUCCAGGAGAAAAGGGUGAGCAAGGUCGACCAGGUUUGGAUGGUCGCACAGGUGUUCCUGGAUCGCCAGGAUUAUUCGGAAGUCCUGGACGAAAUGGACAUGACGGUAUGCCUGGAAUGGAUGGUAUUCCAGGAAAGGAUGGAAGAGAUGGAUCAAAUGGUCAAAAAGGUGAAAGAGGCUUACCUGGACCACAGGGACCCAAAGGAGAAAGAGGGCUUCAUGGACCUAAAGGAAAAUCUGGAAGACCCGGUAUUAAUGGAACACCUGGAUUGCCUGGAGUUACGGCUUAUGAAUACAGAAAUAAGAAUAUAUCAGCUCUUCUUAUACCGCCUUCUAUUGCUGGUGCUUCAAAAGGCCCCAUGGGACCAAUCGUGGUGCACGAAGGGGAGAACGUGCGUCUUCAUUGCUCCGCUACCGGGACUCCCAUGCCCCAUAUUACUUGGCAGAAACUCGACAAUAGACCUAUUAACAGAGGAGCUUGGCAAGAUGUACAGAUAUCUGGUGCUACGCUGAAUUUAACUCACGUCAACAGAGAUCACAUGGGAAAAUAUCUGUGCAUUGCUGAUAAUGGAAUUCCACCAGUAGCUAAUCAAACAUUCAACUUAGAAGUUUACUUUCCUCCACUAAUAAGCAUACAAAGUCAAAUGGUCGGAGUCUCAAACGGCUCAACAGCUGUGCUCGAGUGUGAUAUUGAAGCUUUUCCGGAGCCAAUAAGAUAUUGGGAACGUUCGGACGGCAGGCUGAUGGAAAGCAGCGACAAGUUCCGCAUCGACAAUUCCAAAGUGAAAUAUCGAUACAAGUCGCGCAUGCAGCUCAACAUCUCCAGGGUCACCUACCACGACAUGCAAUACCUGUACUACUGUAUCAGCAAGAACGAGCUGCAAAUGACACGGGGCGAAUUUAAGCUGUACGAAAUUGAUCCUCGCGAACCUACUUCCGUCAGAAACACGUACAAACCGACCAUAUUCGGCAUUCAGCCUCCGGACAGGGUCGCCAUGGAGGACUUAUGCGAGCCGAUCCAGUGUCCCAAGUGCGACAUUAAGGAGGUGAAAUGUAGUCUCGGAGGGGUGUCCCUAAUCGACCUAAUAAGCAGAUGGGAAGUGAGACCGUAUGGAGAUACGAAGUAUCCCACUGUAAACUUGACCAGGGGAAUAGAUUGUGUACUUUACGCUGUUGGAAAGCCAGUUUAUCAUCGAUAUUCCGAUUACACUUACGGAUGUUGGAUGAAAGAUCCUGCUUCAGAGUCAGACGGCGAGAAGACAUGGGUUACAACUGAGAGCGAUUCCUCUACGUUGUUUGAAUUCAGGAAUAAGACGAUGUAUCGGAAAAACCAAUGGACAAAGAAUUACACGAUGGAUCACCCGUUCGGCGGCAACUCACACGUCGUCUACAACGGCUCGUUCUUCUACAACGUCAAAGACACAAGACGGAUAAUCAAGUACAACUUGGCCGCUGAGACUACAGUUUCGCUGGAUUUGCCAGGUUCCAUGAACCGCACCACCAAGCUUUAUUCCGGCCAGUACAACUACGUGGACUUCAGCGUGGACGACAACGGGCUGUGGAUCAUUUUCGCUGUGCCGGAUUCAAAUAACACGGCUGUAAUGAAGGUCGACGUCGAUCACAUGAUACCGCAAUACAUAUGGAACAUAAGCAUUGAUCACCAUAAAGUGGGCGAAAUGUUCAUUGUGUGCGGCGUCCUUUAUGCCGUGGACAGCGUCACGGAACGAACGAGCAAAAUACGCUUCGCUCUGGAUCUGUACAAAAACGUGCUGCUAGACGUCAGCCUGCAGUUCUCGAAUCCUUUCAGGAAAACCACUAUGCUCGGAUACAAUCACAAAAGCAAGGAGUUGUACUCAUGGGACAAAGGCAACCAGCUCACAUAUCCUGUGAGAUAUCACGAGAUUGGUUACAAUUACAAUAAUUCUGCCAAAGAUGACAAGCAGAUGGACACUGCGGAUAUCCCAGUUGCGGCCAAGCAAACUGGAUAUGAGAUAAUCCAUUAAUGAUUAAGAAAAAAUAUGUAAUAUUGCAAUAUUUUGUACAAUAAAAUUAGUUAAGUACCUAUCUGUGUAGUUAUAUUUUUAUAAUGCAUGAUAUUAUUAUCC